AUUAUUAUUUAGAAUAAUGCUUUGUGUACUAAGGACACACGUCACCCUCCCGACAUACACAGCUGAACUUAGUACACGAACGGCAGAUUCUUCGUCUUACCCGGUGUACGGAUCAAUUACAGAGCUCUCGUUUUUGAAGUACAGAAGGUUAUUUCUCUCACUCGGACUAUAUUGAAUUCCGAUCAUACAACGACGUUCAGCCUCUCUUCAGCGGCGGCCGGAGAAAAUAUGAACUAAAUUGAUGUGAUUUUGCGACAAUUACUGCGGUUUAUUAUUUAUAAGUAUGAGUAGUACGAUGCAAUCAGUUUCAGGAUAUGAUAUCAAAUAUCUGGGUCGUGUAGCUCAAGUUCGGUGGCUAAAGCCAGCUGAAGUGCUUUUCAUACUUCAAAACCAUGAGGAGUACCAGAUCACCCACAAAGUCCCGCAUAUGCCAACUAGUGGAUCUUUGUAUCUAUUCAAUAAACGAGUCCUAAAAUAUUUUCGCAAAGAUGGUCAUAGUUGGCGUAGGAGGAGAGGUCAGAGGACUACUGCUGAAGCACAUGAACGGCUUAAGGUUGGAAAUGCUGAAGUUCUAAAUUGCUAUUAUGCUCAUGGACUGCAGAACCCUAGCUUUCAGAGACGCAGCUACUGGAUGUUGGACCCGGCCUAUGAGCACAUUGUUCUUGUUCACUACAGAAAUAUUGAGGAGGGAACGCAGAAUGCUAGAUUGACAUCACAGUUCUCGCCAUUAUCUUCUUCUACCCGCAAUAUGAGUCCCACCUCUUUUGCAACUCAGCAGCCAGAAUCCUCUGUUGUCAUUGGUGAAUCUAAUGAACCAAAUCAGAGUCAGCCCAGUCCUGGAUCUGUGGAAAUUAGUUCAAAUGAAGUCAUUGAGAUUCAUGGGAUAAAUCCAUCAGAACUUAUAGAGGGAACGGAGGAUGUUAAUAGAUCACCGGAGCCUGAUUUAAGUGAAGCACUGCGAAGAAUUGAGCAGCAAUUAAGUUUAAAUGAUGACUCGGAGAAAGAAUUUAACACAAUCUCCAUUGAGGAUGAGGGUUCAAUUAAUUUAGAAAAUCUUCUAUUUGAUUAUGACUUGUCUGCUCAAACUUCAGAUCAUUCUAAGAAUCUUAUUUCACAGAGUCACUCAGGUGACAGGAUGGAACAUCUUCAUCAACUCGUAGGGCCUGAAGUUAAUAUUUGGGGAGAGAUGCUAGGUAGCUCUAACAGUUUGCCUGAUGUUGAAACACAAGCAAAAAAUGAGCACAAGUUGAAUGAAAAUUUGCACUUACAACAGGGUAUGCUGCUCAAUCCAUCACCAAAUGAACCUGUAAGGGAGCAGGAAAAUUAUAAUUGGCAAGACUUUGAUGGACGAGGUUAUGCACCAGAGUCUUCUAUGCUGUUCACCCAAGAAGAUGAUUCUAUCAAAGUUUCUACAUAUUCUCCUCCAAUGAAUACUUAUGGAACUGAUCUGGACUGCUAUCCAACAUUUUUUGACCAAGGUCAGAUUGGAAUUCCUCUUGAAGACAAUUUGAGUUUGACCAUUUCCCAAACGCAGAAGUUCACAAUCCGUGAGAUAUCUCCAGAGUGGUGUUAUUCCUCUGAUGCUGCCAAGUCAUCAGGAUUUUUAGCAUUUAAACAAGCGUUAGGACUCCAUCUCUGUCUCUCUAUGCAGGUUGUUAUUAUUGGGUCUUUCCUCUGCAGUUCGUCAGAGUGUGCAUGGGCUUGUAUGUUUGGUGACGUUGAAGUUCCUGCCCAGAUCAUUCAAGAAGGUGUUAUUCGCUGCAACGUUCCUCCUCACUUGCCUGGAAAAGUCUCUCUUUGCAUUACUUCUGGAAAUCGGGUGUCCUGCAGUGAAGUUAGGGAAUUCGAAUAUGUUGCUAAGCCUAGUGUUUGCGCACACAGUAAUAUCACUGGAACAGAGACUAGCAAGAGCUCAGAAGAACUCUUGUUGCUUGUCCGAUUCGUACAUAUGCUUCUCUCUGAUCCAUCAGUGCAAAAAGGAGAUGGCCAUGAAUCUAGAAUUGAUUUGUUGAGCAAGACCAAAAUGGCUGAAAACUCGUGGAGCCAAAUCAUUGAUGCUCUUUUAGUUGGCACUUCAACAUCAUCAAAUGUUACGGAGUGGCUUUUACAGGAACUUCUGAAGGACAAGUUAGAACAAUGGCUUUCUUCUAGAUUACGAGAAAAUAACCAGCUAGAUUCUUAUUUAUCUAAGAAAGAACUUGGGAUCAUACACAUCGUUGCUGGAUUGGGAUUUGAGUGGGCGCUACAGCCCAUUCUCAGUUCUGGAGUCGGUGUAAAUUUUCGUGAUAUCAAUGGGUGGACUGCACUUCACUGGGCUGCACAUUUUGGGCGGGAAAAAAUGGUUGCCGCUCUCAUAGCAUGUGGGGCAUAUGCUGGAGCAGUUACAGAUCCUAAUUCACAGGACCCAACCGGUAAAACUCCAGCAUCCAUCGCUGCUUCAAGUGGGCAUAGGGGACUUGCAGGUUAUCUUUCAGAAAUGGCACUAACUGGACAUCUCUCAUCCCUCACACUGGAAGAAAGUGAGCUAUCUAAAGGAUCUGCUGCUCUGGAAGCAGAAAGAACAGUACAUAGUGUAUCAAAAGCAAGCUCUUCUGCGAAUGAUCAUGACUCUCUGAAGUACACCUUAGCUGCAGUCUGGAAUGCCUCUCAGGCUGCUUCACGUAUUCAAUCAGCAUUUCGUGCACGUUCUUUUCGGAAAAGGCAACAGAGAGAAGCUGCAAUUGCCAUUGCUGAUGCUAGUAGAGAUAAGUACAGUAUAUUAUCAAAGGAUGUGCAGGGUCUUUCGGCAGCGUCAAAAGUUACAUUUCGUAAUACACGUGACUACAACAAGGCUGCUCUGUCUAUUCAGAAGAAAUAUCGAGGCUGGAAAAGGAGGAAGAACUUCCUUUUAUAUCGCCAGAAAGCAGUGAAGAUACAGGCCCAUGUGAGAGGCUAUCAGACUAGGAGGUAUUAUAAGGUAUGCUGGGCAGCUAGUAUAUUGGAGAAGGUAGUGCUGAGGUGGCGCCGGCGAGGAGUUGGCUUGCGGGGAUUUCAGCUCGACAAAUUCAUUGAGGAAAGUGAGGAUGAAGAUAUUCUUAAGGUUUUUCGUAAGCAAAUAGUGGAUGUAGCUAUUAAGGAGGCUGUCUCCAGGGUGCUGUCUAUGGUCGAAUGUCCAGAGGCACGUCAACAAUAUAGGCGUAUUUUUGAAAAAUAUCUUCAAGCAAAGGCCGAGCUUGAAAUUUCAGAAUCCUAAACAGCAUCAUCUACUCGUGGUGACAAUUUUCAUAUGGAAAAUGACACUGCUUAUCAGCGGACAUGGUUGCAAUUUCUGAUAAUCAUAAACUCGGCUUCUUUCUGUAAAUUUUAAAGGCUAAGCUGUUUUCCAGCUUAAUCAUUGUGUACCAUGGUUUGUAAAUGUUGGUUAAUGAACAGCAGCAGAGAGCAGUACAUUCAGCAUUCAGUUAUAUUACAUUCUGGAUGGAUAAGGGGUUAUCACGGGAAAAAAUAAUCUUGCUAGUUUUGUUAUA